GUGGUGACAAUAUGAGGAAAAUUUCAUGAAAAUUGGUAAAUGCAAUCGCAACCGUAGACGAAGCAUGAAAUUCGUGGCGUUAGAUCAUAUUCUGAGAGAAGGAAGAGAUGCGUUUUUGGCUUUUAAGAAACGCAGGAUCUUCAGGAAACCUACCCUUACACGCACUAUUGCACCUUCAAAAACGCAAACUGCAAUAGCUUUUCUUGUACAUAGACAAGAAUGGCGGCAACGGUGAGCCCGUGGGGAAAGCCUGGCGCGUGGGCAUUGGAUGCCGAAGAGAACGAGUCCGAGCUUCUCCAGCAGACCAAGGAAGACUGUUCUGCGCCUCUCGGCGGAGAAACGCCUGAUUUUCCAUCACUCUCCUCCGCCGCCUCCUCCAAGACUAAGAAGAAGAAGCCGCAGGCGCUAUCACUUCAGGAAUUCUCGGCCUACAGCUCGCCCAAGCCCAAGGGAUUGACUCACGAUGAGCUAUCAGCGCUUCCCACCGGUCCGCGCGAGCGCUCCGCCGAGGAGCUCGACCGGAAUAAGCUCGGCGGCGGUUUUAGAUCUUACGGCGGCGGUUCCAGGGACGAGCAGCCGCGCCAUCAGGGGAGCUUCAAUCGGGAAUCUGGUCGCGAAUUAGGGCCUUCUAGGGCUGACGAGACUGAUGAUUGGGGUGCAAAUAAGAAAACGUCUGGGAGUACUGGAUUUGAGAGGAGAGAGAGGGGAGAGCGAGGGGGUUUCUUUGGGGAUACGCAAUCGCGGGCGGAUGAGGUCGAUAAUUGGGCGUCCAACAAGAAUUUCGCUCCAUCGGAGCCGAGGAGGUACGAGAAAAGAGGCGGAUUCGGGUUGGAAUCGGCUGAUGGUGGUUCCGAUUCGAGUAAUUGGGGGAAGAGGAAGGAAGAAGAGGGGCGGAGGAGUGGUGGAGCUUUCGAUAGCUUGAGGGAGAGGAGAGGCGGCAUGGAGGCUGAUUCGGAGAGCUGGGGAAGGAAGAGAGAGGAAUCUAGCGGUGGCAAUAGGCCGAGGUUGAAUCUGCAGCCAAGGACGCUGCCAGUGAAUGAGGAAGGCAAGAGUGAGGAUACUGGUAUUGUGAAGCCCAAGGGGAGCAAUCCAUUUGGUGAGGCGAGGCCGAGGGAGGAGGUGCUCAAGGAGAAGGCUCAAGAUAUGAAGGAAAUUGAGGAGAAGCUCGAGGUUGUUACCGUUGAUUCUGAUGGGCAGUCCAUUCCAAAAAGGAGCGUUUGGAGUGGGAGAGAGAGGAUGCAGCCGGAAGAUAGGACUGACAAGUCGUGGAGGAAGCUGGACUCCGUUGAUCCUCCACAGAGUGGUGGUGAAACUGAAGAUGGGCAUGCUGACAAUGAUGAUACUGAGAAUAAAAAGAUUGUCAGAUAUGAUCCUUAAGGAUUUAAGAGUAAGGUGGAAGCUUUGAGUUUUGUCAUAAAGAGAUGUGCUGCACUGAUAAAAACUUCAGUUUGCACUAUAAUUUAUGUAAUUCCUUUUUCCUUUUAUUACAAUUGACAAUAAAGCCAGCUCAGCUUUAGUAAGAGGUAAGGUAGAUUGUUUAUUUUAGCAAAAGUAGGCCAAGGCUGGCCAAAUCCCCAAUCGAGCUCGAGACUAUAAUGGAAUGUUUUUGAAAUGCAAUUUGCAAUAUUACAAUGCCAA